GUGUCUCCUGAACUCCACUACUCAAUGCUGGUCAUCCCCUGAUUCCAGAAGCUCGUACUGAGAGUUCAACUGCACUCAUAUUUACAUCCAAAUUGCUCCCCCAAGGCUUCUUCACUUUGUUCCUUGUUUCUUGUUCUACGUUGUUGAAAAUGUCUUCUUUCAGGUUUACAGCUCUUAUGAUUGCUUUACUUGUUACCAUGUCAGCGGUUGUAUCUGAAAGCCGGGUUGCGAGAAAAGACCUCGGCCUGGAUCUUGGUGGCAUAGGACUUGGGGUUGGAGCAGGGAUAGGCCUUGGCUUGGGAGGUGGUAGUGGUUCAGGAUCAGGAGCUGGGGCUGGUUCCGGUUCAGGUUCAGGGGGUUCUAGUUCAAGCUCUUCAUCUAGUUCAGCAUCAUCCUCCAGUUCAUCUGGUGGGUCUGGUGCAGGUUCUGAAGCUGGUUCAUCCGCAGGUUCUUACGCUGGGUCUCGAGCCGGGUCUGGUGCAGGUUCAGAAGCCGGUUCAUCUGCCGGUUCCUAUGCUGGCUCUCGAGCUGGGUCAGGACGAGGCCGUGGGAGAGGCAACGGCAACUAAUUAAAUUAAGCACUCCUUGCUAAAAAAAUUGUAUGCGGGGAAUCAAAUAAUUAAAAAUGAAACUGAUCACCACCUCUUGUCCAUGAAUAAAUGUGGUGAUGAGUGAUUAGUGGUUUUCUGUUAAAGUCGCUUAGGUGUACCUCAAGUGGCAAUUAGUAUGGUGUUGCCUACUUCCAAUAUAUAUUUCUGUCACGUUGUUAUUCAGAUUUUACAGUUUUACUUUGAUUAGAGAGUCAGAUUAUCAAAUCUCACUUCAUGUGUAAUAUUAUUUAUAUUAAUAAAGAAGCAUAAAUUGCUGGAAUAA